AUGUCCAACCAAACUGGUAACAGACAAGGAACGGGUGGUCAGGGUGGAAAUCAAGAAGGUCAAGGUGGACAACAAGGAAAUAAUGAUGUUUUGCAACAUUCAAGUGGUAUACGAAAUAUGGCCGGUGGAAGUAAUACAGGUGGUCAAGGACCAUAUCAAAGAACGCCCGCUAACUAUGCUGGUGGAUCAGGCCCAAAUGCAAAUCAGUCGAUAACAUUGCAUGCACAAGAUGGUCAAACAAAACAAACAACAACUGAUGCUAAUGGUGCCAUAUCAGAUGAAGAUCGUGCUUGGUUAGCACAACAUGGUGGUGCAGUACCACUUAACCAAGUUCCGCCACAAGACAAAGCAAUCGUUGGUACAGGCACAGGUGCCGCUGCACAGAUGAAUGCUGAUCCCAGUCAAAUUGGUACCAAGCCGAUGGAUACCAGGGGGCCCGGCACAUAUAACCCUAACCAGGGUGGUAAUCAAGGUGGAAAUCAAGGUGGAAAUCAAGGUGGAAAUCAGGGUGGAAAUCAAGAAAACUGUUGUACAAAAAUCUUGGAAUUAAUUGAAGAAAGAGCGUUAUUCCUUGAAAAUGCAAUUCAACAUGCAACUGAGCAAAUCAAAGAACAAGUUGUUCGUACUGUUCCUUGUGGUACAGCUACCACGCAGACCACAACCACAGAUAAUCCUACAUUUGUAAUCGUAUCAGCACCACCAACACUAACUGGAAUCAUAACGUCUGCAAAUGAAUUAUUAUACCCACAUUAUGAUUUUGAACCAUCUGAAAGUUUUACUUCUAAACGAUCAUAUGAUAUGAAUGUAGAUACGAAGCAUUUAUAUCAACUCCAGAUAGUGUGGUAUGUUAAACGUGUUCAAGAACCCCAAGUAUUUCUUAAUGAUCCCACCACACAAAGAACAUUUCAGGCUACAAAAGAAAAGCAUGAUAGACAACAACUGGCAACUAAUGAAGAAUUAUUAAACAAAGAAACCGGCUUCCGUCAUCUUUUAGCCUAUCUUUUUUCAACAUUAUUUACAGAAGAAGAAUUAAAAGUUUCAUCCGUUGACGCCUCUGUCCAUGGUACAAAAGCAUUUGAUCCAAUAAGAGUAGCUGCGAUUGAUAAACAUUUAUUUGAUUUAUAUGGAGCAAGAUAUACAAAAUAUCGUACAAGUAAUCAAUAUAAAGAAUUACUGAAUAAAAAAUGCAACCGAAUAAGGACAAAAUUUAAUAAAAGUAUUACUAAUUAUCAGAUUUCUGUUAUAAAACAAACGUGUGAAGGACUAGAUCCAGUUGAAGCUCAUGAUGAUGAACAAACAGAAAUAAUGGAACUAGAUGACGAUUCUUCGAAUGGAUCAACCGAGUUUGAAAUGAGUACAUCUGUUCAGCCCUAUCAUCAGCUUUAG